AUGUCGACCUGCACCCAUCUUAGCGAGAUCGCUCGCCUACAACGUCCUAAGGUCUCGGAGUCCGUGCACAGAGAAGAAUGCACCCAGUGUUUUGACAAUCAGGACCAUCCGCUCGGGAUCGACGUCUGCUUAAUCUGCUUUAACGGAGGGUGUCUCGACAAGGACAGGCAUCAUGCGCGAACCCACUUCGAGAAAUCUGGGCAUGCAUUCACCCUGAAUGUGAAGCGCAAGCUGAAGCCCUCGGCCAAUCGUUCAGAAGAUGAGGAACCGCCUGCAAAAAUAAAAAAGCUAGCGAUCGUGGAAGAGCGCGAUGAGGACAAGUACGAGUACAAAACUGUGAUCAAGUGCUGGAAGUGCUACCCCCAGAACGGUCUCGAGAUUCCAGACGCGUCGUUGGAUCCCAUCGUCAAGUCCCUCAGCGACGCCGUGAUGCAGUCCCUGUCCUCUGCGCGCCAGUCUGAAGUCAAGGCCUGGGAAGAGGAGAUCGUCCCCUGCGAGCACACGCUGACACUCCAGCAACUUUCCACCGAGCCUAUUCCUGCUUCCGGUCUUGCGCACUGCUCAAAAUGCGACCUGAAGGAGAACCUGUGGCUCUGCCUGACUUGCGGUUCGCUCGGCUGCGGACGCCAGCAAUACGGCGGCCUCGGCGGUAACGGACACGGUCUGCAGCACUACGAGGAGACUCAACACCCAGUGAGUGUCAAGCUUGGGACCAUUACCCCGGAGGGUGGCGCAGACAUCUACUGCUAUGUAUGCAACGAUGCGAAGCUGGAUCCUGAGCUCGCCGCGCAUCUCGCUGCGUUCGGAAUCAACGUGCAGACCCAGACGAAGACGGAAAAAUCGAUGACGGAACUCCAAAUCGAGCACAACCUCAAGUUUGACUUCUCCCUGACGGGCGAAGACGGCAAAGCUCUCGAGCCCGUUUUCGGACCGGGCCUGACGGGGCUAUCGAACCUCGGAAACAGCUGCUACAUGGCAUCGGUGAUACAGACCGUGUUCUCCCUGCCGGCGUUCCAGGAGCGGUACUACCCCUCUGCGGCAGCACACUGGGCGACAUGCAGGGAGGCGCUCCCUGCGAACUGCAUUGACUGCCAGAUGCACAAGCUAGCGGACGGGCUACUCUCUGGGCGUUACUCGCACCCUCGCCCGACACCCGCAGGCUCAGCAGUGCCAGUGCCCGACGCGUCCGAGCCGACACCCGUGUUCCAAGAGGGCGUGCGCCCUGCUGGAUUCAAGGCGCUCAUAGGCCGCGGGCACGAGGAGUUUGCGACGAUGCGCCAGCAGGACUCGGAAGAGUUCUUUACGUAUCUCCUUACGGUGCUCCGGCGGCACGCCAAGAAGACGCAGGUGCAGGCGCAGGAGCCGACGGAGGUGUUCCAGUUCGGAAUGGAGCAGCGGUUGCAGUGCGGGGAGUGCAAGGGUGUAAGGUACAGGGUGGACCAGAUGGACGUGGUAAGCGUACCGGUGCCCGUGAAGGAGUGUGGAAAGGAUUCGGAAGGGAAGACUGUUUGGGAGGAGGUGGCAUUGAAGCGGUGUUUGGAUGUCUUGACCGGUACGGAGGCGCUCGAGUAUACGUGUCCCGGGUGCCAGAAGAGUGUUGUUGCGACAAAGCGAUCAAAGUUUGCGACUUUCCCGCAGGUGCUCGUGGUUCAUGCAAAAAAAUUCCAGCUUGUCAACUGGGUUCCUUCGAAACUAGAUAUUCCAGUCGAUGUAUCGGAUGCGUUGCAGCUUGACGAGUAUCUGGGUGGUGGCCUCCAACCUGGCGAGACGGUGCUUCCGGACGAUAAAGCAGCUGCACCCGCAUUGCCCCAAUUCAACGAAGCGGCUAUGGGUCAGUUGGAAGCCAUGGGUUUCCCCACUAUUCGAUGCCAGAAGGCGCUACUUGCGACAGGGAACAACGACGCAGAAGCUGCCAUGAACUGGCUCUUCGAGCACAUGGAGGAACCUGACAUCGAUGUACCGAUUGCAGUUGGGGGUGCGGCACCAGAAGUAUCACCGGAGCAGAUCAGCAUGCUGGUGGAGAUGGGGUUCACGCACGCACAGGCCCGCAAGGCGCUUCGCCAGACGGGCGACGACGCGGAGCGUGCGGUAGAGUGGCUAUUCUCUCAUCCUGACGAUAGCGGCGAGGACGCACCUCCGGGCUCCGUGAGCGGGGGCCCCAAGCCGUCUGCACCCGGGGGCUCAGCGGUGCUGCCGGCCAAAUAUGCGCUGAAGGCGUUCAUCUCGCACAAGGGCCCGUCAGUGCAUUCUGGGCAUUACGUCGCGCACAUCCGCGUGGGCGACUCGUGGGUGCUGUUCAAUGACGAGAAGGUGGUCAAAGCGGACGCGGAGAGCGUGCGGGAGCUCAAGAAGAUGGCGUACUUGUACGUCUAUGAGAGGGUGUAG